CAGCUCGGGACGCCCCGUGGACCCGGGGGGCCAAGGCUGUCGGCUCCUGGGUCUGACUGCUCCUGCUGGCUGCAGACGCAGACUGCAAGCUCGAGGACUCUGGUGUCCAGUUUCCCUUGACCUUGAGAACCUGCGAAGGUAGUAUGUGCCAUGGCUAUGACUAGUGUCAGACUGCCCAGCAGCAUUUUAAGAAAGCCAGAUGCCUGGAUUGGACUCUGCAGAGCACUGCGAGGGACACCUUCACAUAAAGGCUGUGCUUCCUGGAAUCGAUACUUGUAUUUGUCUAGUGCCAAGUUAAAUGCAUCAAAUUAUAAAACACUCCUCCAUAACAUUUUCUCACUGAGACUCCCAGGGCUUUUAAUAUCUCCAGAAUAUAUUUUUCCAUUUUCCAUAAGACUCAAAAGUAAUAUAAGCUCUAAAAAAUCCACUAAAAAGACUCUACAAAAAGUGGAAGAUGAAGGGGACUCUGAUGAAGAGAGGGAUGAGAUGAGUGAGCUGGAAGAGGAGCCCGAGGACAACCCCAGUGAGGUCAAAGACUAUAAAGACCUGGACAAAGCAGUACAGUCUUUCCGGUAUGACGUUAUCCUGAAGACGGGCCUAGAUAUCGGAAGGAACAAAGUGGAAGAUGCAUUCUACAAAGGUGAACUCAGGCUAAAUGGGGAAAAACUAUGGAAGAAAAGCAGAACGGUGAAAGUGGGAGAUACGUUGGAUCUUCUUAUUGGAGAGGAUAAAGAAGCAGAAACAGAGACAGUGAUGAGGAUUAUCCUGAAAAAAGUGCUGGAGGAGAAGACCAGCAGUGAGAAGCACAGAGUGGUGUUACGACGGUGGAAAAAGUUACAGUUGCCUAAAAAGAGUAUGCUCAAGUAAAUGGAUUGCUUUUCAGUGACAAAGCUGCUUUCUAGUGGUGCAGGAAGGGGCCAGGUUCAAAAGAAUAUGUUUGUAUUAAAAGAAAGUUCUCCCACCAUUUGUAGAAGAUGCUGAGCAGUUUUGUGCAAGUCAGGAUCCGCAUCGUGGCUCUUGAAGACGCUUCCCUUGGACUGGAUUUCCCUCUCAGGCUUGAUUUAUUCGCUUUUUGACCUCAUGAGCAAGAGUGAGAUUUGUAAUGAAUGAACUAAACUCAGAGACAGUUUACAUGAUCAGCCCACUGUUUCCCAGGUUAACAGCCUCGGGAGGGAGAGUAAAAUAAACUGACCUUGUUCUUAG